AUGGAAUCAGCAAUUCAUCGACGAAUGACUAUAACAAAUCACAUUAAUAGGAUGUUCAGCAGCCAUUUUUGUGAGGGAAGUAUACAUACUGAAAAUAAAAGGAUUUAUGAUAGUCAAAAUUUAAUAAUCAAUGAUAUCAAAGCUAAAAAAAUUGUCAGUAUGUUGACGAAAAAUAAUUACUGUACAUUGUUAUUAUUUUUUUGCUUGGCAAUUUUUGCAAUUGUUCCUUCUCAGCAGAAUGAAGAUGGAGCAGAAGUGUAUAUUGAAGGAUAUUGUCAAGCCUUGGGUUUAAGUUUUGACAAAUGCCACUUUGAGUGCAGAUAUAGGGGUUACACGGAAGGCCAUUGCAGAGGUUUUAUGUAUACUGAUUGCUGGUGUACAGUACCGAAUAAGAAUCAAUCGCCACCAAACAGCAUUUAA